UUAUACUUACAUGCAAAUCGCAUAUAAAUUUCGAUUAAAGACAUAUUUUAGCAAGGUACAAGACAGAACGGCAAUACAAGAUGAAAGCUCUUUUCUUAAUUGUUCUCUGUGUGGUUGGUGCUUCCGCAUACAGUAAACACAAUUUAACUUUGGUAGAAGUCGCAAAGAAAUAUGGCUUCAACACCAUGUUGGAACUGGGUGAAAGAGCUGGCAUAGCUCACAAACUUAACGAAUCAGGAGAAUGGACUGUCUUUGCACCGACCGAGCGGGCCUUUACCGACAUGGGCCCUUUCUUUCUUAAUAUGCUGAGAAAUAAUAGCGCUGGGCUAGAAGCUUUUCUCAAAUACCAUGUUGUACAAGGUAAAUUCAUGUACGAAGACCUUCAGAAAAAUGAUUUGGAAUUAACCUCCCUCUCUGGGGUGAAGAUCCGCGUGAACGUUUACCGAGCGAAUCAGGUUGUCACUAUUGAAGGGUGUGAACUAGUAAACACCAACAACAUAGCCACUAACGGUAUUUUUCACGUCAUAAACGAUGUAAUGCUCCCUCCUUCAGACAACUUGUACAACACUAUACUCAGCACUCCAAGAUAUUCCAUUAUGGCAUCUCUGCUUAAGAAGAGUAACGUGCACAAAGUAUUAGAGAGUGGACUCUACACUGUUUUCGUACCGAACGACGAUGCAUUUCACAGACUACCAAACGCAACCCUGCAGCAUAUCUUCAACGAUGUCGCCCUCAUCGAAGUUCUGAUGAAGUACCACAUUGUUCACGGAGUCCUGUGGAGGGCUGGAAUGCACACAGAAUACCUGCCGACUCUUGCAGAAGGUAAAAGACUUCUCAUCGGAGAAAGCUUUUUCGGUUUCAUCACAGUAGAAAAUGGUUACAUCCUCAACCGAGACAUUGGUGCAACAAACGGCGUGAUCCAUGAAGUAUCCCGCAUGUUGAAACCCAACGAUGUAGAUAUAACCAGUUAAAAGAAACGUCUGCUUGUUCUUGUCUUGUGAACUGAUAAAAAUUUGGGGCAUCAUUAUCUGUAUAUUUCUGUUGUAAAUAAAUAAAUGAAAGAAUAAAACAGCUUCAGCAAAAAA